AUGCACCAGUCACCAGAGUCACCACAAAGUAAAGAUCAGGGAUGGCUAUGUCAUUGGCUCGCCAUAGUUGCACUAGGAGAGCUCUACAGCAGCGACAAAGAGACCGACGUCGAUCCCCAAGAUCCCUUAGGGUCAGCGGUAGCCGGAUCCGCCGGUAGUCCUGAACCACCAGGGGCAGAGUACUAUUAUCAGUCGGUAAGCCUUCUUCAACAGGUGGCCGAACACCCAGAUGUUCAGUACAUCGAGACUUUAUGUCUACUAUCACUUUAUGCGUUCUCUAUGAAUCGAGUCAAUACAGCCUACAUGUACGGGGGUGUCAGUAUGCGGGCGGCUUUGGCACUGGAUUUGCAUCGAAGCCCUUAUGACUUUCUUUCGGAAAGAUUGAAUCUACCUGCUAGCGAACUGGAGCAUCAGAAGAGAUUGUUUUGGACUGUCUACUAUCAAGAUCUUCUGACCACCACUACCACCGGUCGUCCAUGGGGCGUUCUGGACGAUGAAAUUACUGUCGACUACGCGGAUUCCAGCCGCCUUCCAGGUGAUGCGGCAUUAGACUUCUUUGACGCUGAAGAAUUGAAUAUCCAUCUAGAACUCAUGCGGCUGCGAAGCCAGGCAUACUCUUCGCUCUAUGGGUAUGCCGGCACCGCGAUCAAUCCUUACUCAUACAUCUCAUUGUUUGAUUUUGAGCUCAGCCUCCCUCUUUCGCAACAGCACCUGGACAAAAUCAGUGAAUUUCACCAAGCAUUAGUUAGCUUUGAGAACGAGCUGCCGAUGGCCUUGAAGGUUGUCCGAGGAUGGAACGGCUCCUGGACAAAUCUGAACCGGGUGAAUGCUCAGUUAUACCUCAUCUACUACCAGGUUUGGAGUGCUUCGAAGACGUCGAGGGCCAACGUCUGA